AUGCGGCUCCGGGAUGUGCAUCUAUCGGAGACUGAAGAGCAGGGGACACUCCUGGCCCCUCGGGUGAUCCACGUCCUGGAGAAGACAGGCCCAGGCCGGUCAGACCUGAAGGACACAGAGAGUUUAGCAGGAACGAGGCAGCUGCUGGAGGGUCCAGCUUCUGCGGACGUGCCACACACUGGUGGCAUCUGCUCCAGAGACCAGAGCGAGGCCUCAUCUGCCAUGAGCCAGGACGCAGGAGUCGGACACCAGGGGGGACUGGACCCCACGCCCAGCUCCAUGCAGGAGCAGAGACCCACACAGGGCUCCACAGCCACCACGGAGGCUCGGACAGAAGAUCAGAAUCUUAAACGAAGAGGCCAUUCCACUAAUAGCAGCAUCAAGAGCGGAGAAGAGGUGCAUCCAUCACAGCGAGAACCGAAGCCCAUAGACGCCCCAGGAAGGCACGGAGCCCAGCGGGCGCCCAUGGACAGCGGGCUCAGACGCCGCAGGAAGGCACGGAGCCCAGCGAGCGCCCAUGGACAGCGGGCUCAGACGCCGCAGGAAGGCACGGAGCCCAGCGAGCGCCCAUGGACAGCGGGCUCAGACGCCGCAGGAAGGCACGGAGCCCAGAGAGCACCCAUGGACAGCGGGCUCAGACGCCGCAGGAGGGCACGGAGCCCAGAGAGUGCCCAUGGACAGCGGGCUCAGACGCCACAGGAAGGCACGGAGCCCAGCGAGCGCCCAUGGACAGCAGGCUCAGAUGCCGCAGGAAGGCACGGAGCCCAGAGAGCGCCCAUGGACAGCGGGCUCAGACGCCGCAGGAGGGCACGGAGCCCAGCGGAUGCCCAUGGACAGCGGGCUCAGACGCCACAGGAAGGCACGGAGCCCAGCGAGCGCCCAUGGACAGCAGGCUCAGACGCCCCAGGAAGGCAUGGAGCCCAGCGAGCGCCCAUGGACAGCGGGCUCAGAUGCCGCAGGAAGGCACAGAGCCCAGCGAGCGCCCAGGGACAGCGGGCUCAGACGCCGCAGGAAGGCACGGAGCCCAGCGAGCGCCCAUGGACAGCGGGCUCAGACGCCGCAGGAAGGCACGGAGCCCAGAGAGCGCCCAUGGACAGCGAGCUCAGACGCCGCAGGAAGGCAUGGAGCCCAGAGAGCGCCCAUGGACAGCGGGCUCAGAUGCUGCAGGAGGGCACGGAGCCCAGAGAGCGCCCAUGGACAGCGAGCUCAGACACCGCAGGAAGGCACGGAGCCCAGAGAGCGCCCAUGGACAGCGAGCUCAGACGCCGCAGGAAGGCACGGAGCCCAGAGAGCGCCCAUGGACAGCGAGCUCAGACACCGCAGGAAGGCACAGAGCCCAGAGAGCGCCCAUGGACAGCGGGCUCGGACGCCGCAGGAGGGCACGGAGCCCAGUGGAUGCCCACGGACAGCAGGCUCAGACGCCACAGGAGGGCACGGAGCCCAAAGAGCGCCCAUGGACAGCGGGCUCAGACGCCGCAGGAAGGCACGGAGCCCAGAGAGCGCCCAUGGACAGCGGGCUCAGACGCCGCAGGAGGGCACGGAGCCCAGCGGAUGCCCACGGACAGCGGGCUCAGACGCCACAGGAAGGCACGGAGCCCAGCGGAUGCCCACGGACAGCGGGCUCAGACGCCACAGGAAGGCACGGAGCCCAGCGAGCGCCCAUGGACAGCGGGCUCAGAGUCCACAGGAGGGCACGGAGCCCAGAGAGCGCCCAUGGACAGCGGGCUCAGACGCCACAGGAAGGCACGGAGCCCAGCGAGCGCCCAUGGACAGCGGGCUCAGACGCCACAGGAAGGCACGGAGCCCAGCGAGCGCCCAUGGACAGCGGGCUCAGACGCCGCAGGAAGGCACGGAGCCCAGCAAGCGCCCAUGGACAGCGGGCUCAGACGCCGCAGGAGGGCACGGAGCCCAGAGAGCGCCCAUGGACAGCGGGCUCAGACGCCGCAGGAGGGCACGGAGCCCAGAGAGCGCCCAUGGACAGCGGGCUCAGACGCCGCAGGAGGGCACGGAGCCCAGUGGGCGCCCAGGGACAGCGGGCUCAGACGCCGCAGGAGGGCACGGAGCCCAGCGGGCGCCCAGGGACAGCGGGCUCAGACGCCGCAGGAGGGCACGGAGCCCAGCGGGCGCCCAUGGACAGUAGGCUCAGACGCCACAGGAGGGCACGGAGCCCAGUGGGCGCCCAGGGACAGCGGGCUCAGACGCCGCAGGAGGGCACGGAGCCCAGCGGAUGCCCAUGGACAGCGGGCUCAGACGCCGCAGGAAGGCACGGAGCCCAGCGGAUGCCCAGGGACAGCGGGCUCAGACGCCGCAGGAGGGCACGGAGCCCAGCGGAUGCCCAGGGACAGCGGGCUCAGACGCCGCAGGAGGGCACGGAGCCCAGCGGAUGCCCAGGGACAGCGGGCUCAGACGCCGCAGGAGGGCACGGAGCCCAGCGGAUGCCCAGUGACAGCGGGCUCAGAUGCCGCAGGAGGGCACGGAGCCCAGCGGAUGCCCAGGGACAGCGGGCUCAGACGCCGCAGGAGGGCACGGAGCCCAGCGGAUGCCCAGGGACAGCGGGCUCAGACGCCGCAGGAGGGCACGGAGCCCAGCGGAUGCCCAGGGACAGCGGGCUCAGACGCCGCAGGAGGGCACGGAGCCCAGCGGAUGCCCAGGGACAGCGGGCUCAGACGCCGCAGGAGGGCACGGAGCCCAGCGGAUGCCCAGGGACAGCGGGCUCAGAUGUCAGAAGCCUCGCAGCGCUGA